AUGUCGAACCCCAGAGUUGAGGAGCUUCCCGACGAGGAGCCUAAGAAGGUUGUCGUCCAUGACCACGAGGAUGACAGCAGCGACGAUUCCGAGGCCGAGGAGGUCGAGGGCAACCUCCCUGCCGGCUCUACUGCCGUGAUCCAUAACCGCAACGAGAAGAAGGCUCGCAAGGCCCUCGAGAAGCUGCACCUCACCCGUGUCCCUGGCAUCACCCGUGUCACUCUCCGCCGCCCCAAGAACAUCCUCUUCGUCAUCAACAACCCCGAGGUUUACAAGUCCCCCAACAGCAACACCUACAUUGUGUUCGGUGAGGCCAAGAUCGAGGACGUCAACGCUGCCGCUCAACAAGCCGCCGCUGCCCAGCUCGCCGCCUCCGGUGCCGAGGACCACUCUGGCCACAAUCACGGCGAGCCCAGCAAGGCCGUCGAGUCCGGCGAGGCCAAGAAGGACGAUGACGAUGACGAUGAUGAGGACGAGGACGACGAUGAUGAUGAGGAGGUCGAUGCCGAGGGUCUGGAGGACAAGGAUAUUGAGCUGGUCAUGACCCAAGCCAACGUCAGCCGCAAUAAGGCCGUCAAAGCUCUGAAGGAGAACGAUAACGACAUCGUCAACUCCAUCAUGGCUUUGACUCCCCCGCUACCAUCCUCUGCUUCAAUUACCACAUUGAGGGGUUCCGAGGGCGCCGUUAACCGGAUCCCAGCACUGUCACGUGACCAUCUAGCGCCCGGUUGUUUCCCUGGCGAACUUCGGCAAAAUCAUUCAACGUCCAUCAAGAUCAACCUCUCCGCUCCCUCCAUACCGCAAUCCUUCUUCACAAUGGCGACUCGAAGCGCAGCUCUCAAGCUCGACUGGACCAAGGUCACCAGCUCGCUGGGCCUCCGUGGCCAGACCGUUGCCUCCCUCCAGGCCUUCAAGAAGCGCAACGAGGACGCCCGCCGCAAGCUCCAGGCCCUUUCCGAGCAGCCCACCACCGUCGACUUCUCCGCCUACCGAUCCGUCCUCAAGAACCAGGCCGUCAUCGAGGAGAUCGAGAAGCGAUUCACUGCCUUCAAGCCCGUCACCUACGAUGUCUCCCGCCAGCUGAAGGCCAUCGAUGCCUUCGAGGCCGAGGCCGUCAAGAACGCCGAGGCCACCAAGCAGGCCGUCGACCUGGAGCUCAAGGACCUUGCCGCUACCCUGCAGAACAUUGAGACCGCCCGACCCUUCGAGGACCUCACUGUCGACGAGGUUGCCGCUGCCGAGAAGUCGAUCGACGAGAAGACCGCUCAGCUCGUGUCCAAGGGCCGAUGGAUGGUGCCGGGUUACAAGGAGAAGUUCGGCGACCUGGCUAUGCUCUAA